UAGACACUCCAAAAUAAUAAAAUAAUACUCAAGUUAUAUUAUUAUUAAUUAAUUAAGUAUCUGUAGUUGAGUACACCUCCAUAGGAAGUAACUAUAUGCAUACCUCCAUGGCCCAUGCACGAACUUCUUUAAAGAUACCAAUCAAGAUGGCUCCUGUAUUCGGUAAUGUCGGUAGAGCAGCACGUAGCUUAUUCGACAUUGGUUAUGAUGUGCUCGACGGGUUCAGGUUAGAUGUGAAUACGUAUAAGAAAUUGGGAAUCUCGGCUGGCGGUAUUCAAAGAUUGGAGUCAGGCGAUGUUGUUACAUCUUAUUUUGAAACCAGAUACACGUUAAAUAAAUUUAAUUGCUUAAUUUUUUUGGCUGAGAGAUGGACCAUGAAUCAUAAUAUGACUACUGAAGCUACUAUAGUUGGCUUGUUACCCGGUUUCACACUUACAACUAGUGGUAUAUUUGACUGUCAGAACCAUUCUAAGGGCGUGGAUGUGAAGACUGAAUAUAAGAAUGAUCAUGUCUCACUCAUCUUGGACACUAAAUUUAAAGAAUUCAAACCUAUUAUUCAUGCUUCGGCUGUAGCUUCUUACAAUGGAUUGUGGGGCGGUUUUCAUGUUAAAUAUAAUGCAAACCAAAAAGUAUUGAAGUAUAGCAACUUAUCUCUCAGCUAUAAAGCUGGCAAAUUUGUGUUAACCACCGCGGUAAAUGAUAAAAAUUUAUUUAGUGGCUCAAUUAUCAAUAAAUGUUCUAAACGAUUAAAUGUGGGUUUGCAUGUUAUUUGGUCAUCUAUAAACCAUGGUUGUUUAAUUAGUGUUGGAUCCAAAUACCAAUUUAAUAAAGCUGUCAAGUUGCGUGCUAAGAUUGUUAAUGUGGAUCAAUUGUAUCUAGGAUCUGAAAUUCAAGUAAAAAAAGGUGUGAAAUUGACAUUUGCUAGCUUAUUUGUAUGUCGUCAGUUCAACCUAACUGAUCACACAUUUGGUAUUGGAUUGGAACUUAAUUUGUAAGCAACUUACAGCAGUGGCAGCGCGUAAACAAUUUUAUAGGGUAGAUAAUUAGAAAUG